AUGUUUAAGAAAAUUGAGUCACCCGCCGACUAUGAGAUACAAUCUGUUAUUCGAUUCUUGAGUGCAAGAAACUUGGCAUCAGCAGAAAUUCACUGUCAGAUUUGUUACGGUGAUAAUGCUAUGAGUGACAGUAAAGUUCAAAAGUGUUUGAGAAUGUUCAAGGAUGGAUGGGUUUCAAGAUCAGUUUUGUAUACCAUUGUUUCAGAGAAACUGAAUUAUCGAAAAUUGUGUUCUCGAUGGGCUCCAAGACUGCUUUCUGAUGAUCACAAAACAAAAAGAUUGGGCAGUGCUUUAUCAUUUUUGACUCAGUAUGAUCAGGAAGGAGAUAAAUUGUUAGACCACAUCGUUACAGGAGAUGAGACUUGGGAUAGCCUUCAUAGAUACAUGUGUAAUCAGUUAACUAAGAAAUCUUACUAA